GAAGAAGAAGAAGAUUCUCGCGAUGGCGGUGCAUCAUCUUGCCAGACUGUUCGUCCUCAUGUUCUCCUCCUUCGCCCAAGAGGUUGAGGACGACAUAAAUACUUUCAUGACGAAAGUCGUUCAAGACGGCAUCGUUCCCGACGUGAUCCAGAGGACUCCGCAGGCCAUGCUCACAUUUUCUUUCAUUAAAAAGGACGUUACCUUGGGUGCAGCGGUGACUCCAGAAGAAAGCUUCGAAAGCCCAAUUGACGUUAGGUUUCCUCAUACUGCUGGCAGUUACUACACCCUACUCAUGCUGGGACCCGACGUCCCGUCCCGUAGUGACCCGUCGUUACGGAGCGUUUUGCACUGGCUUGUGGUCAAUAUCAAGGUUGGCAAAGCGUUUGACUCGGAUCCUGUCGACUACAACACGGGCACAAUAUUGAUGUACUACCAUGGCCCACAGCCAACCAACGGCACCGGGCUCCAUCGGGUCGUCGUCGUGGCGUACAAGCAAGAUAAGAUGAUAUACGACGCCGAGAAGCUGAUCGUUCCCUUCAACGAACGUUACGGCUUCGCCUUGUCAAAGUUCGCUGCUGAGCAAGAACUUGGCGAGCCAGUUGCCUUGAACUAUUUCGUUACUUCUAGAGAAUCAUUGAGCAAAGGAGAAGCGCUGGCUUCCCACUGGUGGACUUUGAAUUGUGUGAUCAUUCUUCAUGGUAUCAGACUGUUAACGUAGCUUAAUACAGUAAAAUGCAUAAUCAUGA